AUGCGACGCAAGUCCUCAUCCUCGCCAUCUACCCAAUCCUACCCAUCUCAUCCCUUCCUCCUUCCCACCGAUGAGAUCACAUCUCACUUGGAGACAAACAUCGACACGGGCCUCUCAACUCAACAAGUUUCGUCCCUUCAAGCCCGCUAUGGAGACAACAAGCUCUCCGGCGAAGGAGGAGUGACCUGGUACUCCGUCCUAGCGAAACAGGUCUCGAACGCCAUGAUACUCGUCCUCGUCCUAGCCAUGGCCCUCGCCUACGGCGUCUCAGACUACAUCGAAGGCGGCGUCAUAACCGCCGUCAUAAUCGGCAACAUCUUGAUCGGCUUCUACCAAGAAUACCGCGCCGAACAAAAGAUGGACGCACUACGCAGCCUCUCCUCGCCAUCUGCGACCGUAAUUCGGAAUGGCGAAGUUGUAACCAUUCCAUCGACGGAAGUUGUCCCCGGCGACAUUGUGCUUGUCAAAACGGGUGAUACGGUCCCGGCCGAUUUGAGGUUGGUCGACGGUAUGAAUCUGGAAUGUGAUGAGAAGAUAUUGACCGGUGAGGCGGUGCCGGUUGCGAAGGAUGCUGCUUUCGAUCAUAAAUCGCUUGUUGAGGAUUCUUCGGCGAAUGCAGAAACGCACAUCGGGGUAGGCGAUAGAUUGAACAUGGUCUAUUCUUCCUCCACAGUCACGAAAGGACGCGGGAAAGGUAUCGUUGUGUAUACGGGUAUGUAUACAGAAAUCGGAAAGAUCGCUUCCUCAAUGCAAGGUAAGAAGAGACCCAGUGGAACCAAGAACAGGUCAAUGUCAAUGAAGAAAUAUGGUCCCUUGCAAGUCUUUCGAGGCGGGUUUCUCAGAUCUUGGGAUGCCUUGGGCAGGUUCUUGGGAUUGACGACUGGGACGCCGCUGCAAAGGAAAUUGAGCAAAUUGGCUUAUAGUCUGUUUGGACUUGCAAUUAUCCUUGCUAUUAUUGUCUUCGGUGUGAAUGAGUUUCAUGUUACGAACGAGGUUGCUAUUUAUGCUAUUUCGACUGGUAUCGCGAUCAUCCCCGAAUCUCUCAUAGCAGUCUUGACAAUCACUAUGGUUGUUGGUAUGACUCAAAUGCACAGACGGCGAGUCGUCAUCCGCCAGCUUUCAGCGCUCGAGGCUUUGGGUGGAGUUACCAAUAUCUGCAGCGAUAAGACCGGCACUCUGACUCAGGGUCAAAUGGUCACGAGAAAGGCCUGGAUUCCUGGCGUGGGAAUUUAUAGUGUCAAUAAUUCUGAUGACGCUAGUGACCCCUCCAGAGGUUUCGUCACUUUGGACACUGCUUCGACAAAUGAAGAAGAAGUUGAGAAGCAGAAUGAGAAAACUCCGUCCACCCCAAUAGACAGCAAAGAGCACGCAAUCACAGAAGUGAACCCAGAGGUUGAAAGUUUUCUCCUCGCGUCUUCCUUGUGCAACCUUGCAACAGUACGAUAUGACAGCACAGCUGGCAAAUGGCAGACAAUGGGUGACCCGACUGAAAUCGCACUACAAGUGUUUGCGCAUCGGUUCGGCUACGGCAAGAAAACUCUCGAGGCAGACCUUAAAUGGAAGCAGAUUGCCGAAUAUCCCUUCGAUAGCGCAAUCAAGCGGAUGUCUGUGAUAUACAGUCAAGGAGCGGAUGAGCCCGUUAUCUUUGUCAAGGGUGCUGUUGAACGCAUAAUCGACCUUUGCACAUCUGUAGGAGCUGGAGGUCACCAAGAGAAAAUGACGGCCGAGUUGAAGGAAAAUAUUCUGCAGCAAAUGAAGUCUCUUGCAGAACAGGGUCUGCGAGUUCUUGCCAUUGCUCAAAGACCUGUACCCGUCGGAUACCAGAAAGGUGACGAGCUACCUCGUGAAGACGUUGAGACCGAAUUGAAUCUUCUCGGUUUAGCCGGGUUAUAUGAUCCGCCAAGACUAGAGACGAAAGAUGCUAUCAAAGAAUGCAUAAAUGCAGGCAUUCGCGUCCACAUGUUGACCGGAGACCAUCCGUCCACAGCAAGCGCGAUUGCAAAAGAAGUCGGCAUCAUCCCCAGAUACACGGAGUCCCUCUCGGCUGAGAAAGCUGCGUCGCCAGUCAAGACCGCCGCCGAGUUUGAUGGCAUGACAGACGAUGAGAUCGAUGCUAUGCCAACCUUGCCCCUGGUCAUUGCACGUUGUGCUCCCGACACGAAGACAAGAAUGAUCGCUGCCCUGCACCGUCGUCGAUGUUUUGCUGCCAUGACCGGCGAUGGAGUCAAUGAUGCCCCAUCUCUGCAGGCUGCCGAUGUAGGCAUUGCAAUGGGCAUGGGAGGCUCUGAUGUAGCCAAAUCCGCAUCUGAUAUCGUUCUUACAGACGACAAUUUCGCAAGUAUCGUCAAUGCGGUUGAAGAAGGGCGAAGAAUGUUUGACAAUAUUCAAAAAUUCGUCUUGCAUCUCCUGGCAUCGAAUGUGGCCGAGGUUGUUUUACUGAUCGUCGGCCUCGCGUUUCAAGACAAUGAUGGCGUAUCCGUCUUUCCGCUUUCUCCGCUUCAAAUAUUAUGGAUCAACAUGUUGACUUCGUCUUUUCCUGCGUUCGGGUUAGGGCGCGAGAAGGCUUCGGCUUCCGUCAUGCGGCGUCCUCCACAUGAUAUGAAGAAAGGUGUCUUCACCUGGCAGGUCAUUGUGGACAUGAUGGUGUAUGGGAUGAUUAUGGGAAUUUUGACCCUACUCACAUUCGUGAUUGUCGUUUAUGGUGUUGGCAACGGGACGCCUGAUUUGGGAUACGAUUGCAACAGAAAAGACUCCGAGUCUUGCCAUGUUGUCUUUCGUGCACGUGCGGCCGUUUUCGCUGAACUCACUUGGCUCAUACUUAUUUCGGCGUGGGAAAUCAAAAGUCUCAGAAACAGCAUGUUCAAUCUUGAUCCACUCCGCGCUGGACAAGAGAACGUCAAGUUCCCAUUUUUUAGAGAUGUCUGGGAGAACAAAUUUCUCUUCUGGGCCGUCGUGAUUGGAGCUUUGUCGGUGUUUCCGGCAGUUUAUAUCCCUGGUCUGAACACGGACGUGUUUAAACAUCAGGGCAUUACCUGGGAAUGGGGACUGUCGUUUGGCGCCAUCAUUAUCUUCGUCCUGGGCGCUGAGGCGUGGAAAGGGUUGAAACGUCGGACGGGCUGGUUCCGUGAACCUGACUCUCGGGAAUAUGCUUCCGUUUCAGAAUCGGACUUUGGUCUCAAGUCAUCUCUCUCGACUGCGAGGUCUAUGACUAAAGAUAGUCGAAGUACUAGUACAUAA